CUGCACGCCAUGCCAUUCUCUGCCUGACAUUCGGCAUGCACAUGGCUUGUGCAGAUCGCCGAGCGCGCGACGUUUAGGAUAUUAUUUAUCGUGUUAAAUAUUGAUUACGUACUUUCUGAGAGAACGCGCUCAGUACCGGUAUCUGCGUAGGCAGCUGUUGCGGCCGCUUGUGAUGUGAAUUAGUGUCGCCAGCGAAAAUGUGCGAAGCAAAAAGUCAACCUCAAUGCCGCGCGCUUGCAGUGCGCUAUCGCUUUGUAAAGAAGCGGCUGCCCGACGGCGAAUUCGAGCUGCUCUACCUCGCUCACAAAGUCAUACAGCUAGAAUGUGAUCCGCCAACUCCAAAAGAAGGCACUCCAGACCCAGAACCUGAGCAAGUCAUUGCUGAGGUAGAUGUAGACUUCCUUCGAAGUCUGGAUCCCAAAGAGUGGAAGAAACAGGAUCACUACCAGGUGCUUGGCAUUGAGAAACUAAGACAUCAGGCCAAUGAUGAAACUAUCAAGACAGCAUAUAGAAAAGUGGUGCUUAAACAUCAUCCUGACAAGCGGAAAGCACUGGGCGAAGAUAUCAAGCCAGAUGAUGAUUACUACACUUGUAUUACCAUGGCAUAUGAUAUUCUUGGUAAUCCUACCAAGAGGAGAUCAUAUGAUUCUGUGGAUCCUGAAUUUGAUGAUUCUUUGCCAUCCAGUGGGGAAAUUAAGAAGGAUUUCUACAAGGCUUUCAAGAAGUACUUUGACCUGAAUGCCAGGUGGUCUGAAAAGAGAAGGGUGCCUAAGCUAGGAGGUGAAGAUGCUUCAAGACAGGAUGUUGAGAGGUUUUAUUCAUUUUGGUAUGACUUUAAAUCUUGGAGAGAGUAUUCCUAUGAGGAUGAAGAAGAAAGGGAUAAAUGCUCCGAUCGUGAUGAACGAAGGUACGUUGACAAAAUUAACAAAGCGGAGCGUCUGCGCAAGAAGAAGGAAGAAAUGUCGCGUAUUAGGCAGUUAGUGGACAUGGCAUACAAUUCGGACCCUCGGAUAGCGAAAUUCAAGCAGGAGGACAAGGAUAAGAAGCUCGCGGCAAAGCGUGCGAAACAAUCCGCUGUACAGGCGAAGAAAGAAGAAGAGGAACGUAUUCUCCGCGAAGCUCAACAGGCGAAGGAGCGCGCCGAGGCCGCCGAGCGUGCGAAAAUCGAAGCGAAGCGCCAGGAACGCGAAGCUCAAAAGAAAGCAAUCAAAAAGGAACGCAAAGCCUUCCGCGAAAUUUGCAAAUCGAACGAUAACUACGCAUCCAAUCCCGAUGACAACCUGCGUCACCUCACCGCAAUCGAACGAAUAUGCGAAGCCUUAGGCGCCUUGGAACUCGAAGAACUCACCAAGAACAUUCGUAAUAAUGGUAAGAAUGCGUUCAUGAAGGCUGUGAAAGAGUCCGAGGAGCGCGUCGAGGCUGAAAAACGCGCAAGUCUAGAGACAUACCAACAAAAAUCAGCCAACAUAAAGAACAACAUCGCAAAGAUAAAUCCCGAGUGGACGCAAGACAAUGUUCAAUUACUGGUAAAAGCCGUAAAUUUAUUCCCGGCUGGCACGAAUCAACGCUGGGAAGUCGUGGCGAACUUCAUCAAUCAACAUGGGACUUUCCAGGACAACACUUCGAAAUUCACCGCGAAGUUGGUACUCGCCAAAGCUAAGGAUAUGCAGAGUACUGAUUUCUCAAGGAAUAAUCUAAAGGAAGCAGCGAAUAACCAAGCGUUUGAUAAUUUCAUCAAAGAAAAGAAGAGUGAUGUCACAAUUAAGGAUUCUGAAAUGUCGACGAAUAUCGAGGUGAUGACGAAUGGCGUAACAAAAGAGAAACCAUUACAGAAUGGUAACUCGCAUACGAAUAAUACGAAACAAAAUAAAAUAGCGAAAGAACCGAAAGAAAAUUCACAGGAGCGAGAGUCGAAGGAGAACGCAGCCAACGCAUGGACAACAACCGAACAACAGUUGUUGGAGCAGGCGUUGAAAACUUAUCCGGCGUCUACACCGGAACGCUGGGAUAGAAUCGCUGAUUGUAUACCCGCACGCAGUAAGAAGGAUUGCAUGCGACGGUACAAGGAACUAGUGGAGACUAUCAAAGCGAAGAAGGCGGCACAGGCGACGGUGGCGGCGAAAUAACGAAUGCGAACACCCGCGCCGCGUGUAUAUCCUGUGUGUAUAGCGAGCUGUUGAUUUUAUUUAAUUUAGCGUAAUUCGACGAGAGGCCCAAAUGCUAUUUGCGAUCUUCAAAUGAAUUGAUUCAGAACUACUCUUGGUUGUUUUUUUUACCAUGAUGGCUGUUGGAAGGAAUUGCGGAGCGCACGACUUAUGAAUAUGACUUUAAUACUUUGUUUAUGUCCAUCUGAUUGAUUAUGUACCACCAUUACAAUGCGAACGAUAAAAUAAAUUGAAAACUCGACUUAACUUA